AUGCCAUCUUCCAAGUACAUUCUCGAUGAAUAUUUUGAUGAAACCUCAAUUCAUCUCUAUCAUGAUAUCACCCAUGAAGCUGACAAUGACAGGACGCACGUCUCCUGUCACUACAGUACAUCUCAGGACACAACGCUGACUCUCUGCGACAAGCAACAAUCUGCCGUCGAUAUCCUGCCAGAGGACCUUGCUACGUCCGCGAAAUCAACCUCUGAACACGGCCACGACUUGAGCUUAAACUCUGAAGACGGUUGUCACUUCGCAUCUCCUAAACUCAAGAAACAACAUUUGAAGGCUAAUCACAAAACUCUACAAGGGAUAAUCACCACCUCUCCACCACGUUCUUUCGCUCAGAAGACAUCUAAUGAUGAUAAGACCUUCGAGCGAUUCAUCAAGUUCGUUCCUGUUGAUACUACCUCGCAACCUAUCUCACUGUAUGCUACACAACGAACUGUCGUUUUUAAACUUCUCAUCAUACGCAUACAGCUCCUCAAAAUCUCCUCUUGA